AUGGCAUUGUUCAAUGAUCUUUAUUCAUCAUGGACUGAUUUUCAGUCUAAAGGAGGUCAUGUUCGUCGACGAAUUUGUGGAAAUGUUGGAAAAGCAAGAUUACCAUCACCUAUUGGUGGUUCGAUUACAACAGGUCAACUUAUUGCUAGUGGUUUACAUUUUCAAAAAGCAUUAUUUACACGUCGAUAUCAAUUUGAUGAUCAAAUUGGUUCAAUAGUUGAACAUAGAGUUUAUAUUAGUCAAACGCUAAAAAGUGUAAUGGUUCUAGAAUUUACUCUUAUUUCAUCUACUUCAAAAUUUGUUACAUUUUCUUAUGCGUCAACUUUUGAUCCACUUAAUCAAACACAUAAUCCUGAAACAACAUGUACAGGUGGUGGUGGAGUUGAAAUCGAUGUUGAAUUUACAUUUAAUUCAAAUUUAUCAACAUCAUCAAUGUAUGUUUAUGAAGGUGUUUUAUUAAGUCGCGAUGAUCGUAAUCGAUAUGUUUAUGUAACAAUAUGUACACAACAACCAAAUGAAUCAAUACAAACAUUAACAAUGUCAUCAUCAAUACAAUUUGUUUCAACAUUAGCAAGUAGUAUUGAUUUUGGACCAGAUCCAAUUGAUCAAAUAGCAGUAACACUUGAAGCAAUAAAUCGAUUUGAUGAAGCUUUAACUAAACGAAAUGAUUUAUUAAAUGAACAUGUUCAAGCAUGGAAAAACCUAUGGAAAUCUGGUAUUGAUAUUGAACCAAUGGAAAAUCAACCAUUUGUAUUACCAAGAAUUAUAUUCGAUACAGAUAAAGAUGGUGAAAAUGAUACAGUUAUAACAACAUUUUCACGUGCAUUAGAUAUUGCUCAACAUGUUAAUAGUUCAAUGUAUUAUUUAUUAUCUAGCUCACGUGAUGAUUGGCCACAUGGUAUGAGUCCUGGAGGAUUAGCAUCACAGUCUUACUCUGGUCUAAUGUUUUUUGACAUGGAUUGGUAUAUGAUGCCAGCUCUUCUCCCUUUUUAUCCAUCACGUGCAGCAAAUAUACUUCGUUAUCGAUAUAAUAGUUUAGAUGAAUCAAAUAAAAUUGCACGUAUAUUUGGUUAUAAUGGAUCAAUGUUUGCAUGGACUGCAUCAUACUUAGGUCGACCAGAAGGCUGUUGUGAUGGUAAAGGUGGUUGGGAACUUUGUAUUGAACAACAUAUAACAGGUGAUGUGGCAGUAGCUGUACAAAUGUAUUAUUAUGCUACAAAAGAUAAUCUUUGGUUAGAAAAUAUUGGUUGGCCAUUAUUACGUGAUAUAGCAAAAUUUUGGUCUAGUCGUGUAACAAAAACAAAUGAUACGACAUAUUCAAUUGAAAAAGUAAUGCCUGUUGAUGAAUGGUGUGAUAAUGUUCAAACGAAAUGUGGUGAUAUUGGUAUUAAUAAUGCUAUACAAACAAAUGCUGUUGCUAUUGUAUCAUUACAAUUAGCAAAACAAGUUGGAGAUAUGUUUAAAUUUGAUGUUGAUCCAGAAUGGGACAUAAUUGCAAAAAAACUUAAGAUUAAUUUUAAUUAUACAACACAAACACAUAUUCAAUGGGAUAAUGCUUCUCUAACACCAUCACCACAUAAUUAUGUUUGUCCAGAAGAUGUUCUAUAUUUGACUUAUCCAAUGAAUUUCAAUGUUACACCAGAAAUAAUACGAAAUGAUGCUGAAACAUAUAUUCCAAUAACAUGUCAAGAAAAUGCAGGUAUGACUGCUCCUAUUCAUACAAUUGUAUGGCUUAUGCUAAAUGAACCAUUAAAAGCCGAACGAGAAUUUAAUCGAUCUUUACAAGCAUGUACAUAUGGAGAAUUUCAUGUUAGAAAUGAGGUCGAUAUUCAUGCUGAUAUCAUUGGAGGACAUGGAUUUAAUACUCAUUUUCUUACGGGUGAUGGUGGUUUUAUUCAAUCAGUCAUGAUGGGUUAUGUUGGUCUUCGUUAUGAUGAAAAAAGUCUUUUAUUUGAUCCAUUAUUAGGUGUUCUAACACCAUCAACAAAAAAUAUUCGAUUACGAAAUAUUCUUGUUCGAGGAAGUUAUCCAUUUGAUUUUACAAUUGAUCAAUAUGCAAUACAUUUGAUUUGUCCUUAUUCUUAUGAAAAUAUUCUUUGUAUAACUGAUAAUCAUAAUAUUCGAUGGAAUAUAACAAGUAAUCAAUUGACAUUAAAUUUUCAAGAUAUUCAUUUUCCAAUUCGAAUUGAUUUAAGUAUUUAA